GCCGCCAUGAGGCGAAGACUUCAUAACGCUUACUGGGGCUUGGCGGCUAGUACAGAGAAAGAAGCACAAACAGCGUCGGUUUGCUCCAUUAAUUUAGUGCGUACCGUAAGGUGAUCACCGUGGCAGCUGCUGAAGAAUGUAUUAAAGGUCAAACGUGGGUGAUUCUAAAAGGCCGCCAUGAGUCUGACGUCCUGGUUCCUUGUGAGUGCCAAUGGGACACGUCAUCGACUCCCACGAGAGAUGAUCUUCGUGGGAAGAGACGACUGUGAACUAAUGCUACAGUCCCGCAGUGUGGACAAACAACAUGCUGUCAUCAACUAUGAGACCGAUACAGAUGAACACAAAGUUAAGGACCUUGGCAGUUUAAAUGGGACCUUUGUCAACGAUGUCAGAGUACAGGAGCAAAUGUAUGUCACACUGAAGAUCGAUGACAAACUGAGGUUUGGUUACGAUACCAACUUGUUCACGGUUGUUCGUGGUGAGCUGCACAUACCUGAAGAGGCUCUUAAGCAUGAGAAGUACAGCAGUCAACUCCAGCUCAGCCAGAGAAGGCCUGUGGAAGGGGAGUCAUCAAAAUCAGAAGGGGCAGCAGCCCCAGUGUGUGAGGCAGCGUCUGCCAAAUUCCCAGGGCCCAGCAAGGUAGAAGAAAAGAUGGCAGAUGUAGCAGUUUUACACAGGGGAACACCCCUUUAUGGACAGCCUGCCUGGUGGGGUGAUGGAGCCGCUGAUGAUCACUCUGCAAGGCCUGAUGAAAAGAUUUCUGACAGGAGUCGUGAAAAAGCUCAAACAGACCCAAAGAAGACUGCCGAAAUUCCAAAGCCUGCCCCGCAAAUAUCUUCUCAGGAGCCAAGCUACUUUGAAAUCCCAACCAAGGAUGCGCCCCCAGAAGGGAAAGAGAGUUGUGAGGUCACGUCAAGAGAUCAAGAGCCUGGUGCUUCAUGUACUACAGAGCCUGUCCAUGGGCACGCAUCCUACACCAUCGAAUUUGACGCUGGGGCAUCAGGCAAAGUGACAGUCAAAGAUCGAGUUGCAAAAUUGGGCUUAGACACAAGGGCACGUCCAAAAAGGGGAGUAGGAGAGGAGCUGAGUCCACUUCAGACAGCCAUGGUAGCAGCAGAGGUCAAAGUCGCUGAUUGGUUGGCCCAGAAUGAGUUGCCAUUGACUGUUAAAGAAACUGUGGCAGAAGAUGGUGGAGAAAGUGUCAAGAGUGAUGUUCCUGUUCAACUUCGGAGUCUUAAAGACAGCAAACAUGAGGAUGGCACACAGAGCGACUCAGAGAACGCACUAGGAGAACAACGCAGGGCUGCAGCUCUAGAGGAGCGCUCUUUAGGGCUUUGGGGUGGAACCGGAAUGAAGAUCAGGGAAGGGCGAGCUAAUGUGCCCGAGGGGCUCUUUGCAGAAGAGGAAAGUCCAGCUCGCCGUCGUAGGUCUUCAAGUACAAAAGUGUCAAUCGGCUUUGUAGACCGGCAACACAGCUCUACACUACAUCAACAAAGCAGUCGUGAUGAGUGCUAUCAGCAAGGAGAUGAUUGUAGUGACAGAGGAACAUACACCAUUGAGCUGGAAAAUGGAGAUCAUGAAGAAGAAGAGGCUCGAAAAAUGAUUGACAAGGUAUUUGGUGUAGAUGAACUAGAGACUGUGCAUGUUUCCAGAGUCGGAAGUGCAGAGAGAGAGAACAUCCCCUCUCAGAGGUCCGGUACUAGAGAUCGAGUGAAACCUGGCUUCAUGGAGGCAGAGGUACUGACUGAGGAUCUGGUGGUAGGUGGUCCUCGCUGGGUCUCACAGUGGGCUAUUCUUGCUGCCAGCCACAUAAGAACAGACCCCGAGGGAUCUGGUGGCGAGAGCCACAGUUUAGUUACCGACAAAGCAGACAUUAGUGAAUCCAGCCAUUCCUUUGCUUCAUCUAGUCAAAAAGAACGUAAAAAAAGAACUCUGCCCCAGGUGUCUGGUGAAGAAAAUUCCCAAGGAAUGAGGAAUUCUUGUAUGAACGCUGACAUGGGAGAGAAACAGGACACAGAACUGCAAGAGAAAGUAAAACCCGAGGGGAAAAUUGCAGAUGUGCAAAAUUUUCCUGCACACGGUAGCCCGAGUCGCUCUUCACCAGCCAGGUCUCAGGGUAGCAGUUAUGGGAGAACAAGUCAGUCUGGUGCGAUGGCAAAGCUACCCCCUCGACCAAAGACGAGUGGCGAGAGGAGAAAAGAGGAAGUGCUGAGGAGGAAAAAGGAAGAAGAGAAAAACAGGGAGAGUAGCGGAAAACCAUAUCUGAGACAGGAGAGUUUUACAGUGGAGAAGCCAAGCUCCAAUAUACCUAUUGAGCUAAUACCCCGCAUUGAUGGACUCACAGGUAGCAGACCCCCGAGUAGGGAAGCCGCCAUCGACAAUGAAACACUUCAGAAAGACACUGAGGCAGUGGCAGCUUUCUUAGAGACCACUGUAUCAGACCAAGGCGAUCCACCAAGUCAAUCCAUAGAAGGUUCAAUGUCACCAGAGUCGGAUGUGGACACAACUAGUACAGUAAGCCAGGCUGAUGGAGCAAGAAAAAUGGUCCAAAAACGGCGAAUUCUUGUGGGACAGCAAAAAGAGAAAACUGUUCUGUGCUCAAGCAACAAAGGCCCAGCUUCUGGUCGACAGACUCAAGAGAAGAGGGUUAAGGCCAGAACACAAGGUCUUCAGCAGCCUUGGACUUCUCUGGACCUCACAGAUGACGAUGUCAAUUCUAACUCGCUUCUCUCUGAUACCCAGCCGACCACACAAGAACCAAGAGGUUCACGGGCCAGAACCCAAACGGGAAGCACCACAGUGGGUGCCAGCACCAAGUCUAGUAGGGCUAAGAUCAACCAGCCCCCUGCUUCUGUUCCACCUAGUAAAACCACAAGUGUCCCAAAGCCAAGGCCCACAAGGGCAUCCAUACUUCGGAGAGCCCGACUCGGUGACUCAACCGAUACUGAACCUGCAGAUUUGGACAGGAUGUCUGUGGCUUCUGAAGCUUCAACUACCAGUUCCACAUCCAGGACAGGGCUUGCAAAGAGAGGAAUGUCUAGGAUAGAGGCUCUGGCACAGCCAAGGAGACCAAGGGUUGGAUCUCUUUCUGCCCAGAGUGAUUCUGAAGCCACCGUGACCAGGAGUAGAGGAUUGGGAGCUAGAAGUACUGUUGCUGAUUAUGCUACUAGACAUGGACAAAGGGGAUCCAAUGUGCCCUCUGUAUGUGGACCAAGAGCCAGGGCAAACAGUGCCUCCAAACUUCCUGAUAAAAGUAAACCUGGGUCCUUAUAUGGACAGGCUACACCAGCAGGUAUCACCAGCACUCGUUGGCGCCGUAUGCCUGUAGAGUAUGCCUCCACCUCAGAGGACGAGUAUGGCUCCAACCGCCAUCUGUCCAAACAGGGCCAGGCACGGCCAGUUCAAUCCACACGGGUGGCCCAGCUAGGAGGCUCAGGGCCAAUUGCAACUAAUUCUGCAGAUCUAAAGCCACCUUCUAGGGAUCAGGAGGAAUAUAUGAGAGACUGGACAGCACACAGUGAGGAGAUAGCCAGGAUUAGCCAGGACCUUGCCAAAGACCUCGCAAUGCUUGCAAGAGAGAUUCAUGAUGUAGCUGGAGAGAUUGACUCAGUGAGCCCUGCAACCACUGACCCUGGAGUCAUGUUGGAGGAAUGUGAUGACAGCUUGGACCUUGGAGGCCCCUCCACAGAUCAUAGCAGUGCUAUGGAAGCAAAUGGAAAGUCAAUUGAAAUGAGACCUAGGACCUCCAGUUCACAGGGAUCUCGCUCUAUUCGACGACAAACCUGGAACAGAGAUGAGGUAAUUCUAGACAGUUUACUCAUACCAUCUGUGAAUCAGCUCUCAAAGAGAAUACGACAAUCUGUCGACAAAACAGCAGGCAAAAUCAGGAUUCUUUUCAAAGAUAAAGACCGUAAAUGGGAAGAGAUUGAGAGCAAACUUCAGGCAGAGCAUGACUCCUUGCUGUUAAAGAGCUCCAACAAGGAGAUUUCCACUAUCAUUCAAGAUCUUAAGAGAGUGGAAAGACAACUGCUUGUCAUUGAUAUGAUGGUGGACCCGGAUGGCACUCUGGAUGCUCUGACCAGUCUGGGCCUUACCAGUCCUUUGACUGACCAGAAGAGUCCUGCAGCUCACCAGGCAGAAUCGGCGCUUCCUUCUGGAACUGUGGUCUCUUCUACUGCACUGUCGGUCUCCAAGCGUGAAGUCACCCCUGGUGAAUCACAUGAACUGUCAGAGAGUUUACAGGUAGAACAAGUUCCAGGGUUCCAACAGACCAGUGGAUAAUUGACGACUAGUAAAGCAUCUUAUUAAUGUGUCCAUUAUAUCGGACUUUUUCCUGAAGCCCCCGGAAGUAAACAUCCUUUUGGCAUGAUCUUUCAAUAUAUUAAUACAUUUUGGACCCAGAAAAGUGAACUUGACCGGUCUUUAAGUUUACUAUGGUUUACGUCAUUAUUCUGUUGGAGAUGCGAGUAGUUUCCGUGUACAAAUAACUUUGUUCACCAUUAUAUGAUCCAAGGUCAUGUAUGUGUUUUAUAAACUUGUGUCUGCCGACCUGUCAUUGUUAUUUCAAAUAAAUUGUGUAACUUAAUAAGAAAGGUGUGUGCGAAGGUGUCCAAAAAAAUUGUGCGAUAAUCCAUCUGAGUUGUUUUAGUGUCUGAAAAGAACUGGGAUGUACUGUAUUUACCUUAUAAUUGUUUCUUACUGUCAAAUCCAAAACUACUACAAGCCUUUUCCUUGUGAAAAUGCCAUGUGCAAUCUGUGUACAAUACAAAAAUCAGAAUAGCGCUGAGAAAUAUGUAUGUUCGGCUCCUUUAAGUAUUUUGUCACAAGUGCCCUAAAUGAAGCAAUCUUUACAGUAAAACAGCAGAAAUGAGAGGAAGCUGAUUGUGAAAAUAGUUUCUUUGCACAUUUUGAAUCUGGAACAUGUUAAUAUUGAUGUCCAAAGGAUCAGGUAAUGCCCCUUAUAUUGUUACAUUUAUAGUGGUGUUUUAGUCAAAAAUAUGCAGGGUUGCACUCGCUAUCUAAAAAUGUUUGUUUUGUUUUUUACUUAAGUUUUGUGUUUGAACCAGCAUAAACAGGGUCUACCUCCAAGUCCAGCAGUAGCAUGCUGCAACGAUGCAAAGGAGGGAUGGACAGCGUAUCAUACUACCGUUUACACAUGAAUGUAACCCGAUCAAAUUUUACCUAACAAAUUUCCUUUCUAAGAAUAAGUGCAUUUUGUGAUCCGCACUAAGUUUACUUUGUUCAUUGAGGAUUUGAGUAAAAUUGUUUUCCUUUCUAAUAAAAAUGCAUGUUACGUCACAUUUUUAACUGAACCUGAAGUGUACCUGUCAUAUUUUGUAACGCAAGCAUACUACAAUGUUACUUUGGGAGCUGAGCUUUUCAUUUGCAUCAUUGAUUUUGCUCUAGAGCAGGAUGAUCUAAAUAGCUCUCAACGAGAGGGGAAAAUGUAAAAGUCAUUGCAAAUUCGGAAUCUUGCUUGGUCCUCACAGGCAACAUCAAUACUGCAUGGAGCUGCUGUUUGAGGGUACACUUUAUGGUAAUUACGGAAUGUAUUUGCCUCCAGUGCUCCACAUUUGAGGCAGACCAAGCAGCAAUUGCUAUAUUGUGUUUCGUCUGCUGACGUGAAUAUCUUAUAAGGAGGGGUGAAAGUGGGCCAGAAUGGUCAGGAACGCAGUUCCAGUAUAAGAUUCAGGGCCAGAACGCAGUUCCGGUAUAAGAUUCAGGGCCGGAAUGCUGUUCCGGUACACAGUGCUUUGAUUCUGAAAAUAUGACGGCAACUGUCAUAACACUAUGUAAAAAAAUUUUUUUUUUUAAUGCUAAGCUGCCACACAUGCAUUUCAUCUCCAAGAAGAAAACAAUCUACCAACAUCAGAUUUACAUACACAAGUGUUAACAACAAGCAUGAUAAAGUGCUUGUGUGGUAUAAUCCGUUUCCACCAAUAUUUAUUAUUUAUUUUAUUCCACGGACGGCAUGGAGGUUUCCCCAGCUGCUGCAGUUAUCUGAGUCUGACGAUGAUGAGUCAUGUCAAUGUGCGAAUACACGUAGCAAAGCAAAACGCCUGAACUCAUUUAUCCGUUCAAUUGGCUGUCAUACUGAAAUGUGAUCAGCAGAGAUAGUUAGCUCUGAUUGGUUCAAAUGUGCAUAAUUUCUGGAACAGCAAGAAAAAGGUUGUUGAAUUGAUGCGACAAAAAAGGGCAAUGCAACAUGAAAUUGGAUCAAAUCUUUAAGAGCAACAAAAGAGUUGAGGAGGCUCAGUCAUCAUAUUUACUUUUAUUUUCUUCUGAUAGGGAGGUUCAGAACAUCUUAGCUGUCAAUGUGUACUUUGGACUUAAAUUUAUUCAUUUAUGUUAGGCUACUUAUUCAUUUCCUUUGUUCAUUUAUGUUAGGCUACUUAUUCAUUUCCUUAUGAUUUAAAAAAGUCAAUGUUUGUGCGAUCUUCAAAAUAUAUUCCAUUUCACUCUGCAUUUGUACUUAUUUUUCUGAAUGUAUGUUACUUAUAUCUGUUAUUUAAAAAAAAAAAAUAAACAAAAAGUAAAUGUUUACAUUAACUUCAAUUUUAAUAUACAUCCAUGUUCUUAAAUAGUUAAAAUUAAAAUUUGACAUAUGCUUUGUAAGGAAAUGAGGGAAAAUAAAAAUUAGCAGAUGGAGGUUGGGGUUAUUGCUGUUUUUGUUAACUUUUAUUUUGCAAAUCAUUGAAAAAAGCAAUUGAAAAAAAAUUUUUUUUUGAAUGAAAAUCAGUUUUUGUAUGUCUUACAGCAAUAACUGUGCUAAAACCGUUUUCUUUGCAUUUCAGUAGUUUAAGAGGCUUGACCCCUCCCUACCCAACCAUAAAAAUGAAAGAAAGAAAUUAAUAAGUAAAUAAAAUUUCUGGCUCCGUGGUGCCCUUCACGUCGGGGAGUUCCGGCAAGAAAUUCUAGCCACUUUCACCCCUGCUUAUAAGUAAUAUUAACCUAAAGGAAAUCUAAACUCACCAGAUUUUGUUGUGGCCACGCAAACAUAUCUAAUACUUCCACAUAAAUAGUUUUGUGACAUUUAAGCCAUACCCCUUCAAUUUCAUGUCAUUCUAAUAUUUUUGACACAACUCGCAUUUAACUUCUUACAAACAUUGAGUGUUUUUAAAACCUCUUGAUUGCUUAACUUAGGCCUUAUCCACACUUAGCAGGGUAUUUCACGAAAGGAAUGCAUUUUUCUACAGUUUGGCCAACCAUCCACAUGCAAAUGCACAGUUUGAUCAUCAAAACCAAAUAAAAAUGAAGAUUCGCAAAUUCUGCAUUUGAUGCGUCUGCGUGUGUACAUCAAUAACUAGAGAUUUACAUUUUUAUGUUCGUCUGCGACGAAAUACUGUAUGUUCAGAAGUCAUGCAUGCGAGCUGUUAGUGUGUUUGAGUUCACAGGGGUUUUGACCAUGCAUCUGAACUAGGUGUUGUUUUUCUUGCUUGUUUCUAAAAGGCCUGACACUACACCACAUUCAAGAACACAGACCAAUGUGAAGAACAGAGCUAUUAUUAUUGCUCUUCCACGUCCAAGGCAUGUUCUCAUUUCAGGCCACCAAUGCCGUAUUAGCGUCGUCUGCAGAUUUGUCACUGCU